ACACGCGCGCGUCCUGGUUUACGUGCUGACGCCAGAUGUAUAUGAGCGCACGAGGCGGAAUCUUUUUCCCUUUUCGCCAUCAGAGAGCGGGAGUCUCGCGCUGUUCACUGCGCAGUAGCACCGCCGCCUCAAACACCGACACGCAUCAGGAUCUCGGAAAUAAAACCGUGAGACAACAUGGCAGAUCUGGACAAUAAAGAGCAGACAGAAAUGGACCCGGCUGAUAUGGAGGAUGUUGAAGAGGUGGAGGAGGAGGAGACCGGUGAGGACAACAGCAAAGCACGUCAGCUUACCAUGCAGAUGAUGCAGAACCCUCAGAUUCUUGCGGCGCUGCAGGAGAGGUUGGAUGGGCUUGUGGGGUCUCCCUCAGGGUAUAUGGAGAGUUUGCCAAAGGUGGUGAAGAGACGUGUCAAUGCGCUCAAGAACCUGCAGGCCAAAUGUGCCCACAUUGAGGCCAAGUUCUACGAAGAAGUUCAUGAACUUGAACGCAAAUAUGCUGCUCUUUACCAGCCUCUCUUUGACAAGCGGAGUGAAAUCGUCAGAGCAUCCUAUGAACCCACAGAUGAAGAGUGUGAGUGGAAACAAGAUGAGGAGGAAGAGCUGACAGUAAGUAAGCAGGAGGAGAUGAAGGAAAAGGCAAAAGUGGAAGAGGAGAAAAAAGAUGAGGAGAAAGAAGACCCUAAAGGAAUCCCAGAAUUCUGGCUCACAGUUUUUAAGAAUGUGGAUCUACUCAGUGAAAUGUUGCAGGAACACGAUGAACCAAUCCUCAAGCACUUACAAGAUAUCAAAGUCAAAUUCUCUGAUGCAGGCCAGCCAAUGAGCUUCACAUUAGAGUUCCAUUUUGAACCCAACGAAUUCUUCACAAACACAGUCCUGACAAAGACUUACAAAAUGAGGUCUGAGCCAGAUGAGUCUGAUCCUUUCUCUUUCGACGGGCCAGAGAUCAUGGGCUGCACAGGGUGCACGGUUGACUGGAGUAAGGGAAAGAACGUCACAUUGAAAACCAUCAAAAAGAAACAGAAACAUAAGGGUCGUGGCACAGUCAGGACAGUCACAAAGACAGUCCCCAAUGAUUCCUUCUUCAAUUUCUUCUCUCCACCUGAAGUUCCCGAAAAUGGUGAUCUGGACGAGGACUCCGAAGCAGUGUUAGCUGCAGACUUUGAGAUCGGACACUUCAUCCGUGAGCGUAUCGUGCCCAGGGCGGUGCUGUAUUUCACUGGGGAGGCCAUUGAAGAUGAUGACGAUGAUUAUGAUGAGGAAGGAGAGGAAGCAGAUGAUGAAGAGGGCGAAGAGGAGGCAGAUGAAGAAAAUGAUCCAGACUAUGAACCCAAGGUGUAAAUGAUGUCUGUAGUAACCCUGUCCUGAAGGAUGCCAACCCCCCAGAGGAGUGCAAACAGCAGUGAUGGCGUGCCCACUUCUAUCAGGAUCCCCUACACUGUAACGGCUUCAAACAAACAUAGUUACUUACCGCCUUACAAUGUUUUGUAUUUUUCUUGGUAGAAAUGAUUGAAAAAUAAAAAUAAAAGGGUUUCAAGAUUUUUGUUACAAAAAACUCAAAACAGUGAGCCUCGGCUCACACUGCAUAGUAUUUUACUAGACCGGUUUCUUUUUUUUUUUUCUGUAUAAUAGUUAGAAUGCAGAAUAUCCCUCAAAGCAUGACACCUGUUUCUUCACUGCUAAACUAGUUGGGUUCUUGUGAAGUCUAUUGUAUUGCUCUUAGACAACAGCUGUGGAAAGACUGUCCGGAGGUGACGUUUAUGUAAAGCGAGUGAUUCCUUUCCGCUCCGAACAACCGAAGCAUCUCUGCAUCUUAGAGACCUAUGUCAUGGCAGGGCGGCACAAAGGUGCUUUUUCUUUCGGUUAAAACCUGUGACUUUCACCCAAUGGUAGGACUCAAUUCGGUCCGUUCAGGCUAAAGUCUCGUUUAAAACAUUCCACCGUUUCCUUCAGAAAAUCCUUACAUAGUCUAAAUGCUCUGUUCGGUUCAUCUUGGAGAAACCGUGACCAUUUCUGAUUGAAACUGACAAUGGCGUCUGUACAUUCCACAUGACAGCGGUUUAGUAGAAGACGCUCUGAUGCAUGACCUUAGUUUUUUUUUUUUUCUGAGCACUUUGUACUUUUGUCAUGUCGUAGCAUCAGAUUGCCUGUAAAAGCCCUCUCCCUAUAAUUGACUGGUUUAUAAUCUAGCGCUUAUAACCGUACGUUGCGCAUCAACGCAACUCUUCGACUGCACUUUUGAACAAACCAACCUCGACCCCAUUGGAGGCUUAGGCCUGGAAUUAGAAACUGAUUGGUGGAGCCAGAUGUGUGAUUCUGGUUAGGUUUUAAGCCCUGAGUGAUGUUUGGAGUAGUUUGUGGUGUCAUGCCACCCUCUGUUUGGCAGGCUUAUCACUGUGAAGGGGUGUGUCUGAAUGCGUUUGUGUACCUGUACAUUCAGAGGAGUCUCUUGGAGAUCUCCUCUUUCCCUGUAGCCCAGCAGGACUGAAGCAGAAAGCAAUAUUCUCACCUGGUAACCCCAAGCCCACAGUAUUCCUGUCUUGCAGCCCAGAUCUGUGCUCGUGUGUAGCGCAGACCGUCUGGUAGUUGAUCAGUUGUCUGUCAAGCGGUUGAAUCAGCAGGGAUCUGUGUGGUCCCUCUCAACAGCUGUUGUCAAAGCAAAAUGCCAUGCUACAAAACUAAUGUACUCAAUAACUGUACUUGGAUGUAUAUUCAUGAAAUAAAUUGGUCAAAUGUG